UGACAGUGCUGAUCAAGUUGCUGUAUAUAUAAGAGGAGCGCUACUGGAGAGGACACAGUCAAUCACCAACUCACCAACAUGAAGUUUACGCCGUUCCUGCUGGUGCUCCUGCUGGCCGUCACCGCCGUCCUCGCCAGCCCCGCCCCUCACAAGUUUAAGAAGGGCGGCUUUGGUAGGCGCGGCUUUGGUUACGCUCCUGUGAAAAUUAUUCCUGUCCACUACCCGGUCUACGUCGGUGGCUACGGCGGCGGCUACGGCGGCGGCUACGGUGGCGGCUACGGUGGCGGCUUCGGCGGCGGCUUCGGCGGGUAUAAAGGCGGCUUCGGCGGCUUGUAUGGCGGAGGCCAUUACGGAGGGUAUGGCUAUGGGCGGUAGAUUCAGAGACCUAACAUUGUCGAAGAGUAUUGCGGCUUAACCUAUACCUGUACCACCUGUCAUUAAUUUUAUUCGUUAUUACGCCCAACCACUUGGGUUGGACGGUAGAGCGACGGUCUCGGUUCAUGCAGGUCGGCGUUCAAUCCCCCCGACGGUCCAAGUGGUUGGGCACCAUUCCUUCCCCCCAUCCCAUCCCAAAUCCUUAUCCUAAUCCCUUCCACGUGCUAUAUAGUCGUGAUGGCUUGGCGGUUUUCCCCUGAUAGUUCACUUUCUUCAUUCACCUGAUACUGUUUGCCAACACUGUCCAUAUCAAUUUUGUAUGUAUAUAUAUUUAAAAUAUUAAAAGAUUCAGUGUCUA